AUGGCCGAAACUACAGAACCAACUUUGGCACUCCAUGACGAGUCCAGCAGAUCUGAAACCGAGGCCGUAGCUGAGACCAAGGUGCGGCCGGAACUUCCGCCUGGAAUGUCUCGAAACCAGUGGAAAAAACUUCAACGUCAGAAGCGAUGGGAAGAAACCAAAGAAGAGUACCGGUUAAUAAAGCGACAAAAAAAGAAAGCGGCACGAGAAAGAAAGAGACAUAGUCGUGGGGAAGAAGGCAGUGGCACCGAUGAUAUCAAUUACCACCAACAAAAGAGACCAAAGAUUCCGUCUCAGCAAAAACAAACGGGAGUGAAAAUUGUCAUUGACUGCGAGUUUGAUGAGUUGAUGAAUAACAAGGAAAUAGUGUCACUUUCCAACCAGAUCACCAGAGCUUAUAGUGCCAAACGACACUGUGAGUACGAUCUUCAACUCGAUAUAACCUCGUUUAACAAGAAUUUGAAACUGAGGUUCGACAAGUCGGUCUCACAAUAUAAACUCUGGACCAAUAUUCAGUUUCAAGAAAAUGAUCAUUUGGCUGAUAUUUUGCCCACUGAUCCCCAGGAACGCUCCAAGUGGGUAUAUUUGACCGCAGAUACCGACGAGGUCAUCACAGAACUUUUACCGGACCAUACGUAUAUCAUUGGAGGUAUAGUAGACAAGAAUCGACACAAACUUAUCUGCAAAAAAAAGGCGGAACAAUUGGGACUUCGUGUGGGAAAACUUCCUAUUGACCAAUUUAUACAGUUGAACGGAAGACAGGUGUUGGCUACGUCUCAUGUAUUUGAACUUUGUUGCAAGUGGUUUGAGCUGAAUAAGGAUUGGGGAAGAGCAUUCAACGAGGUGCUUCCGCCUCGAAAGUUGGAGAAGGGAGAAAAGGAGGGAAAAAAGGAGAAGGUGGAGGAGAAGGGGGAAGAAGACGAAAAGGAAGAGGAAACGAGUGGACCAAAAUUUCAAGAACCAAGUGAGAAAAAUGAAGAACUUCAAGUCAAUUAG